UCAGACAUCAAGAGGAGGAUCAUCCUUCUUCAUCUUGACACACGACCAUCGCGCCCCCAUCUGAUGCAUUUGUAGCUGCAAACAGCGCAUUCGCCGCACACCCGGACGGCCAUGGGCCCCUCAAGAGCCGGCCCCUCAAAGGCCGACAUGGACGCGUUCAUGGCCCACCUCUUGGCGGAUGUGGACGCGUCGGUGUUCGAUCUGCCUCCAUCGCAAUCGCCCCCCAAGAAGCCGUGCUCCCUGGAGGCCGCGCAGUCGAGCCAACAACGUAUUCGGAGCAUGUCACCUGCUCGCAGAAGCCCUGCUGCUCACAAGCGACCCAAGCUCGGUCAUGCAUCUGCAGAGCUUCGGAUGCGCACGCGAGUCAAGGACGAGCCUGGGGAUGAUGCAGGCUCAAGUAGCUGUCUGAGAACGUCGCCGUCAGCUCCCACUCCGUCGACCAAGCAGAUCGCGGCCGAGUCUGAUGAGCAGUAUGAUGGGAAGUCGGCUGCAAGGAGCAGAAAAGAUGCCAUUCGUGUGGCCAGGGAGCAGGCUGAGGAAAGAGGUGUGGGCUCUUCCGACCAGAUGCUUGCUUCUUCAUUCGCACACAAGUCGUCUGCGGCAGAGUAUCGCGAAAAGCGGCAGCGAGAAAGGGAGGCAGCACGAAGCUAUGUACGCGCAAAGGUGCUCAACAUUGGUCAGGACAAUUUCAUACCCGCUUCAGCGCUCUCAGCUCCGGCAUCCGCUCCACCUGCCUUGAUAUCUGCGUCGACAGUGGAUAAAAUGAGAACGAGGAGACAGGUGGUGCUGAAUGUGGAAGAGAGAGCUCCCUUGGACAUCCGGGACAAGAACUUUGUACGAGCAGACGAACAUGGCGCCCGGCGCAAAAUCUAUCUACGAGACGAAUGGCUGAGCCUUGCAGAGCGAAUUCGAGUAGGUGACUACGUCCACCUCAUUGGACACUGGUCGGAGGCGUUCGACGAUCUCGAAGAUGCACUAAGCGUCACAGGACCCCCAAGCUCUUCUGCGUCAGCCCAAGCUGGACAGUCGAGCCAAGUCAAUGGACAUCCCGUUUCAAAGCCAGACUUGGCCAUUGCCGAGGUCGACGAAGAUGAUGACGACGACAUGUCGCUGUGGGCGAACUUGGACUGCACCUUGCCUUCGAGCACACCGACCAAGUUACCUCUAAUGAUUCUCUCAAGCUCUGGAGCCCUCGACGCAAGUGGGCAUCCCCCUUGCAAGAAUUUGCUCAUCCUGCAUCCCGAUCUCCUGCUGUCUGCAACUUCAAUUUCAAACGUCUCGACUUGCCUGCGUAGACCGCUUAUCUCGUCCCGUCUGCGGGCAUCCGCAGCGGAUGGCGCAACAUCCGAAGCGCUCGUCAUGGGCGCCAUGCUGCACGUCGUGCUCCAGUCUUGUCUGACUGGCACAGCUUUGCCAAGUACCUGCGAAGGAAGCCCCUCCCCUAGCGGCAUCCGAACGCUACCAUCGCUCGAGAUGCCGGAGUGUUUUCCGCCCACAUGGAACGGCGUGCCUCCGACCAACUUCUCGGCGUCUUUUGUCGCGGAACAGAUCUGCGCUCAAGUCGACGCAUGUCUCGAAGACCUCGCCGAUGCUGGACUUGACACUCAGGUGGCUCGUGAGCAUCUGAUUGACGCUGUCAAGCCAUUCGGCGAAUUUGCCUUCAAGUACCUUGCCUCACCAGAAGGAGAUAUUCCCCACGAUGCUGUCGCCAUAGACUCUCGCUCAGAGUCACCGCCGCGCGUCCGCAUACGUCGCGUACUGGAAGUGGAAGAAGAUAUUUGGUCACCCAUGUACGGCCUGAAAGGCUUUGUCGACAUCUCUGUGGAACCAGCGGUCCGCUUCGUGCAUUCGGGCGGCGUUCAAACGUUCGUGAUGCCGCUAGAGCUCAAGACUGGUCGAGCUUUCGCCAAUCUGGAGCAUCGCGCUCAAACGAUGAUGUACAUGCUGAUGAUGUCGGAGAGAUAUGGAACAGAUUGCCAGCAAGGCUUGCUGUACUACUCUCGCUCUGGGGACCUUCAUCGAGUGCGCAAGUCGGCUAAUGAAAUCAGAGCUCUGAUCAUUGGUCGGAAUGAGCUUGCGAGCUACAUGUUGAAGCGGAGUGCCGAACGGCGCAGCAAGGUGCUAGCAAAGCCGGAAUCACAACUGCCAGAAGCUCCGCCACGCUUGGAACUCCCAGCCACCAUCGAUUCGGAGCGGACGUGCGGACGAUGCUACGCUGUGGAUGGGUGUAUGCUCUAUCGGCGUGCCGUGGACGACGUAACUGAAGACCCAGAGAAUCCCUCACCAAUCGCCGACUUGUACGACAAGAUGACGGCCCACUUGACCGACGAGCACGCCGCGUUCUUUGCGCACUGGGAACGCCUGCUCACACUCGAGGAGGAGGACAUCAGCCGAUUCAGGAGAGAGCUGUGGACGAUGACGGCAGCCGCCAGAGAGCAGAGGGGAGCAGCGCUCGCUGACAUGCAACUGGUACCCGAGGAAGCAUCGAGGACUGCUGUCGCCAGCCAGAAGCAUAGGAGAGAUGCGCGGCACCGGCAUACCUACGAGUUCAAGCGGCGCGCCAAAUCAGCCCUCGAGGCGGUGUUCCAUUGUCCUCUGGCUCUGGGGGAGCGAGUGGUGCUUUCCGUGAGCUCAUCGUUACCAGCGCUAGCCUCGGGUAUGCUCAUCGAAAUCAGCAACUCGAGCGUCGUCUUGGCCUUGGAAAGAGACCUCGGACCAGUGAUCGCGCGUCUGGACGACGAAUAUAACACCGGAGACUAUCAGUUCCGCAUCGACAGGGACGAGCUGGGUGGCAGCAUGGCCCGCGUACGACACAACAUAGCGCGACUAUUCUUUGCGGGCGAAGCAGGUGAUGAGAAGAGAAGAGAGCUCGUGGUGGACCUCAAGACGCCACGCUUCUUGCCACCUUGCGACCAGGCAAUGUCGCUGCCAGAUCACCUUAAUGAGGAUCAGCAUGCUGCGAUGCGACACGUGCUCAAGGCGCAGGACUACGCUCUGUUGGUUGGCAUGCCAGGCACAGGAAAGACAACGACAAUCUCGGAGCUCAUCCGUUUGCUUGUUUCGCGCGGCAAGACGGUGCUUCUAGCUAGCUACACCCAUAGCGCUGUGGACACCAUCUGCAAGAAGCUGAUUCGCUCGAACAGUGUCGAUGAAGAGGCUACCUCUUCCGUGGAUCUGCUCCGGCUUGGUGACAAGUCGCGAAUAGACUCCGCCAUCCACCCCUACGUGCUUGCGGACUCGGCCAACGUGGAAGAUUUUGAGGCUAAGCUCUUGAAGCCGAAUGUCGUCGCUACGACCUGCUUGUCGCAGCUACCGCCGCUCGUACGGAACAUGGAUGCUAGGCAUGGAGGACUCGACGUCAGCUUAUUCAACCGGCUGGCUGAAGCUCAUCCGACCAGCCAAGUCUACCUCACCCGCCAGUACCGGAUGAAUGGCGACAUCAUGACUCUGAGCAACCAACUUGUCUAUCAUGGUAGACUGCAAUGCGGUAGCGCGGAGGUCGAGAAUCUCUCCUUGGCCCUGCCGAAAGCGUCUGACGCUCUUGCUCGCCUACGCAGUCCCAACAACAUGACUGCGGGCGUGAGCGAAACCUGGCUGCAGCGCGUGAUCCAGCCAGACUGCAAGGUGGUCUUUUUGAACACGGAUCAUCUGCCGGCGCCAGAGUCUCGAGUGGGCGAACUUGUGCAGAACGAGGUGGAGGCUGAGCUGGUGUGUCAGAUCUGCGCGGCGCUCAUCCUAGGAGGCUGUGAGGCGGGCGACAUUGGCGUCAUCACUCCGCUGCGUCAGCAGAUCAGGCUUCUGACCAACGCUCUCGGCAUCAAUGCGACUUCGUCCACGCCGACAGACACGGAGAAGAGCCGAAAGGGAAUCGAAAUAUUGACGGCCGAUCGAGCACAGGGUAGAGACAAAUCGGUCGUGCUCGUCUCAUUUGUCCGCAACAAUACGAUUGGGGAAGGAGGCAAGGGGAGCGUGGGCGAGCUGCUGAACGAUGUCAGACGCAUCAAUGUCAGCUUGACGAGAGCACAGAGAAAGCUCGUCAUGGUAGGAAGCAGAAAGACGCUGCAAGAGGUGCCGCUGCUGCACAAGCUUUUGGAACUGGUCGACGGAAAAGGCUGGUGCAUCGACUUGGAAAGGGACGACCAUAGACGCUUUUGCGCUCCUCAAGGUCUUUGGACAAGUCUUGCGAACGCAGCAUCCAGCCAAUCGCAAUACCUCUUUGAUUGCACGCCGUCUGCAACCGAGAAGCAAAAUCCUGGUCGUGCUGGUGCUAGCUUUGGCCCAGCAGCGGAGUCGACCCUCAAGAAUGCACCUGCUCACCAUGCCGGCUCGGGAGCACUCGUCCGCAAGAGGCCGCUCUUGCGCGAUAUCAUCAAUGAGCAGAAGGGACCGACUGGAAGGCUUUGA